CAAGGCAAAUCAAUGCAAUAAAAAACAACAGCAGCAGAAUCGACACUGAAACCAUUGUAUUUUCCAAUGUUAUUUUUAUCUCGCUGUCAGCCUCGCUUCUCCAAAUACCUUUAUACAACAUUUUUACAAACAUUUAUUCCUCUUUUUUCAAAUGCCUGAAAUUCAGCCUGACCGCUUGGACAAGCAGUUUCCCAACAGGAACAACCCGGCUGAACACGCAUACCUCCCGUCGCCCUCCAGCUUCUUUGCGAUAUUCGGCGGAGUCUUUGCGUCGCUCAGCAGCGUCAGUGCCAAGUUAGCGGUCAACCAACAGCCGGGCGCCCUGACCAUGCUCAUCCACCAACUGAUGCCGUCAACAUCAACCAAUGCGCACCUCCUCUCAUUGAUCUCGCGCGCAGUAAUGCUGGGAAGCAUAGGGCUGAGCAACUUUUUCAUGUGGCUGUUCUUCACAAAGGCCCUGCGGUACGGCGACUCCACACCCCGGGUGAUGAUGCUCCAGACUGCGAGCAACUUUGCCAUGACUGCCCUCUGUGGCGUGUAUCUGUUUGGCGACGUGCUGUCGAUGCAGUGGUGGUGGGGCGCAUCGUUGAUUGCCGCCGGGCUGGUGCUGAUCAACUCAGAAAAGAGUGCUGAGUUUGUCUGCGAGAGCCCUGACCAUGUUCUUGAGGUCAAUGGGCUGAAGGAGUCCAAAAAGACAAAAUAAGUGGGUGUGAUUUUUUUUAAAAAAAAGUAUGUAAAAAAGUGA